UCUAAUGGCGUAAUCUGGAGGGCGUUUUUACGGAUCUGGGAAGGCGCUACAUGGCAAUCGAGGAGUCAAAAGACGGGAUCGGUGGCGAUGCCCUACUCUAUUAAUGGCGCACUCUCCUCCUCUCGUGGCUCAUCCUUUGCUCCUGUCGACUCGUCUCUCACUCUCUUGGCGGUUUCCUCGGCGAUCAAGCGAAAGGCGGCAUGGGAUUCUUCAGGAGCCUCACCCGACUGCCCGGCCCAACCGGAUUCGGCUUCAGUUCCACAUCCGAGCAGGUCACUGAGGGCGUCGACGCUUCCAAGCAGACCGUCAUCGUCACCGGCGGAAGUAGUGGGAUUGGAGCUGAAACUGCGAGGGUUAUGGCCCUCAGAGGAGCACAUGUCAUCAUUGGAGCAAGGAACAUGGAAGCUGCCAAUGUGGUAAAGGAGAAUAUCCAACAGAGUAUUCCAUCUGCAAAAGUUGAUGUCUCGGAGCUUGAACUUAGCUCACAAAAGUCUGUCCGAGCCUUCGCAGACAGAUUCAUUGAAAGGAAUCUACCCCUCAACGUCUUGAUAAACAAUGCUGGCGUGAUGAACUGCCCUUAUAAACUCUCAGAAGAUGGUAUAGAGAUGCAAUUUGCUACAAAUCAUCUGGGUCACUUUUUGUUGACAAAUCUUCUACUUGAGAAAAUGAAAACUACAGCAAAGGAGUCAGGAAUCGAAGGGCGUAUUGUGAAUCUAUCAUCUCUAGCUCACAUUGGGACAUAUAGAGAAGGAAUACGGUUUGACAAACUCAAUGACAAAGCUUCAUACAAUGAUAAAAUGGCAUACGGGCAAUCCAAACUGGCUAACAUAUUGCAUGCCAAUGAGCUUGCUAGACGCUUAAAGGAGGAAGGUGCAAAUGUUACAGCAAACUCUGUUCAUCCUGGCAUGAUUGAGACAAACUUGAUGAGACACUCUGUUGCUUUUAUAACUGCAUUACGAGCUGUAUCUGGCUUCAUGUGGAAGACUGUACCUCAGGGAGCAGCCACUUCAUGCUAUGUUGCACUGAAUCCAAACAUGAAAGGAGUGACGGGGAAAUACUUUGCUGAUUGCAACGAGGAGAAGGUAACUGCCAAGGCUAGAGAUGAAGCAUUAGCAAAAAAGCUUUGGGAGUUCAGCGAACAGCUAGUUAAUUCAACUAAAGCAAAAUAAGAGCAAUGCGCACCACUUGGCUCUUUUCACUUAGUUUUUUGAUAGAGUGUUGCUGCAUUCUGUUGAUUCACUACUCAAACUGCGGCUCUUAUAUUGUUGUGCUAGUUUUGAAAUCUACUAAAUGUGUUUACCAUGCCAUUACAUUCUGCAAAAGAAAUAAAACUCGUGAUGCCAUAUAGUCGGUUUAGUGGAUUA